AUUUAAGGUGGAUUAACAGUUGCUAGUUGAAAUGAGUAGUUUUUCUUUCCCAAAUGUAAUUACUUCGAUCUACCUAGUCUCUUCAUUUAUAGAAAGGCUACUUUAUAUGUGUUCAUUUGUCUGCAUCAAUAAGUUAUAACUAAAAGUCGCUCAUACAGUAUGUGAUCUUAAGUAUUUUUCUUUAAACUCUAGUAGUAUCAGUCAUUAUUUCAGUCAUUAUUAAAACAGAUAUUAGGCUGAAAAGGGGUGUUAGUCUAUAGUUGCAACUACAAAGCUUAGUUACAGUGACAUUUUUAUUAAACCCUGUUGCUUCUUUAAAUAUUCAGCAAUUGUACACAUCCACCUUAUGAAAGCGGUGAGAGGCGGCAACAGAGCCAGUGGCUGGGCUGAAUAGUCACUCACAUACAGAGAACUGCUUUGGUGGUCAUAGAGUUAAACAACUGAUAAUAAAGCACACAGGAGUGAUAACUGGAAGCUAUUCUGGCUGUAAAUAUGGCUACAGCGAUUGUAAAGGAAAGUGCGAGUAUUAAGAAAGCAGUAUCCAUUAUCAAUUCAAUGGAUGAAGGUAAAUUUCCCAGGCUGCUCUCCCGCAUCAUUCAAAAACUGCACCUAAAGGCAGAACGCAGUUUUAGUGAUGAAGAAGAAGAAAAGCUUCAGGCUGCAUUUUCAUUAGAUAAAGAAGAUCUCCACUUAGUUUUAGAGACAAUCUCUUUUAUAUUAGAACAGGCUGUGUAUCAUCUUGUGAAGCCAGCAGCUCUUCGUCAGCAGUUGGAGAACAUUCACCUUGAACAGAAUAAAGCUGAAGCUUUUGUGAAUGCUUGGGAGAGUGCAGGCCAGGAAACUGUGGAAAGAUUUAGACAAAGAAUGUUGGCUCCUAAAAAGCUCGAGACAACUGCCUGGCAGCUCAACCUCCAGAUGGCUAAAUCCACCCAAGCAAAAAUGAAAACUCCCCAGGCUGUGAUAGAACUUGGAGUUAGCCAGGAAGACACAAAGCAGGAAGGUCCACUGUUUAUAAUACUUUGGGCUGCUGGGGAGCACUAGUGGGAAUCUGGAGAAAGUGUUUGUGGAAUUUAACCACAAGGAGCUGUUGGAGUUCUAUAACAAGCUUGAGACUAUCCAAGCACAGCUGGAUUCCCUUACGUGAAAUCUUAAAGACGGGUUCCUCACUGCACUGCCGCCACCUCAUUAUUUUGUAUUGAAGAUAGAUUGCUGAGCCGUGUUUGCUAAAGGAAUCAAUGGACUGCUUUCUGUAAAAUUAUAUGGCUUAUCUCCUCUUAGACUAGCAACAUUAGCCAAGGGAGAUUAUUGUGAAGAAUGCAGAGCAUCUAAUUGACUUUCUAGUUGAAUUCUGAGAAUAUAAGGUUUAUUAUAAAUUCCUGCAAUUGUACAGAAAAAAAAAUCCAUAACCCUUCCACACUCCCAUUAUAUUUCUUAAUUAAACAAGCACGUUCUUUAUUAAACACACAAAAGAAAUAUACAAUGUAAUCCACAAUCUAUUCAAAAUAUAAGAUAGUAUAUUGUCUGGUUAUAUACGUAGGGUAAAAAAAUAUGUUGUAGAAAUGUAUUUGUAAGACUUUUGUUAAAUUUGUUUCAAUUAGAAGCUAACAUUUAAAAAAAAUCCUGUUUUUGUGCUGUUGCAUCUUUAGUAUAUAAACAAGUCCAUCAAUCAAGGUAAUUUGUUAUAUGUUUGCAAGUGGCAGAGGUCUUUAUACAGUUGUAGAAUUAUUUUAUGAAGGUUUCAUUAAAAUGAAAAACUAUACUUUAGUUACUCCUGGUCUGCCUUCAAGAAGUGUUAAUUAAUUUUAUUAAUGUGACCGUAAAGUGAACAUGAAACUUCAUGAUUCAGACAGAGCAUGCAAUUGUAAACAACUAAUGUAGCAAAUAUGUCUUUGUUCUCUUGAAGAGUUAAUCUAGGUAGGCUGAUAGGAGUUUAGGAGCAGUUGUUUGCCACUAUGUAUAACAUCGCUAUAAACAUUGUUGCAAACACUGCUACAAGAUGACUAAAUACACGUGCACACUUCUGAGCUCAACUAGGAUUACUCUUUAAAAAAGGGAACUACGCAAAAUUGAUAAUAGAAAAAAAAUUAAAUAUGUAGAAAUAGUGAGCUGCACAAUUGUGUGUGAUGAUCUCAUUCAUUUUCAAGCCAAAUAUCUACUGUAUUUCAAAAAAGUUUAUACAACUUUUAUUCCUCUUCUGGGUUUGGUAACAUUACAAAUAUACCAUUUAGCAAUAAGUAAACUGAGAACUUUCCCUGAUCUUGUUAUGUUUCGCAAAUACAUGAAUCGUGUAAAGCUGCUGGUGUACAACAAACUCCAAUUGUAACUGGAAUAUUGUGAGAAUCUGAGAUUACAUUACUAUUAAUCACACUCAGAGUAAAGGGACAGUCUACUCCAAAGUGUUAUUGUUUAAAGGGACACUCAAUCAAAAUUAAACUUUCAUUAUUCAGAUAGAGCAUGCCAUUUUAAACAACUUUCCAAUUUACUUACAUUAACAAAAUGUGCAGUCUUUUUUUAUAUUUAAACUUUUUGAGUCACCAGCUCCAACUGAGCAUGUGCAACAAUAAGUGUGUAUGCGUUUGUGAAUGGCUGAUUUCUAUCACAUGGUACGUGUAUGCAUUUGUGAAUGGCUGAUGGCUGUCACAUGGUACAGGGGGAGUGGAAAAAGACAUAACUUUUAAAAUUGUCAGAAAAAAAUCUACUACUCAUUUUGAAGUUCAGACUAAGUGAUAUUGCAUUGUCUUGUUAUCUUGCAUUUGUUGAUUAUGCAAAUCUACUGUGUUGACUGGCCCUUUAAAUAGAUAGAUAACACCUUUACUACCCAUUCCCCAGCUUUGCACAACCAACAUUAUUAUAUUAAUAUACUUUAUCAUCUUUAAAACUCUAUAUCUCUGCCUGGUUCUAAGCCCUUGCAGGCUACCUUUAUCUUAUCUAAGUGCAUUUUAUUAGCUUUUCACAGCAAGACAGUGCUAGUUAAUGUGUGCCAUAUAGAUAACACUGUGCUUACUCCUGUGGAGUUACGAAUGAGUCAGCACUGAUUGGCCAAAACGCAAGUCUGUAAAAAGCACUGAGAUAAGGGGGCAGUUUACUGAGGCUUAGAUACAAGGUAAUCACAGAGGUAAAAAAUAUAUUAAUAUAACAGUAUUGUUCAUGCAAAACUGAGGAAUGGGUAAUACAGGGAUUAUCAAUCUUUUUAAACAAUAACAAUUCUGGAGUAGACUGUCCCUUUAAGUAAACCUCCACAUAUUUGUAUUGUUUUAUUUACAGUAUGAACUUCCAGUUUCAUAUGGGCACAAUACACAAUUGGACAUCCAGCUGACACCAUAAUAAGUUAGGACUAUGAUUGGCUUUUGUUCCAGAUUCCAACCUCAGAAACAUUCUUUUAGAAUUGCUAAAAUGCCUAAAGUAUCGGGGGGGGGGGGGUGUUUAAGCUGAAACUACACUUUUACUUUUUUACGUUUGUUACAUAGUAAGAAACUUGAAAAAACUUUCUAUGCGUUAGUGGAGAUUUUUGUUUUAGCAUAAAUUGUUUAAUUUCUAACGGUGAUAAAUUCUGUAAUGUGCGGCUUCUUAUAGAAAAGUUAUUGGCUUUGAUGUGGUGUUUUGUGAAGAAAGUAUUUAAUCAGUUUAUGACUAAAAAAAAGUCUGUAAAAUAGUUACUACAAAUCUAAAUAAAUAGAGAUCUCUGCAGUCUUGGAAUUAUGUGCUUGUUUGAUAAGUUAGCCAACACCUUCUAUCAUUAUGGCAGUGUGCUUGUAAUUAGGCAGCAAAAACAUGGAGGACUUAAUUGAUAACAUGAUUGGUGUUAAGAUAUUUAUGGCAUUGCAUAUUAGACUUCUCGUUUUAUGUUUCCAAAGCCAAAUAGUUUAUUUUUGGCUUAUAAAGAAGAUUAAUACCAUACAUGCUAUAUCUCAAUUGUUAAUUCCAUCUAAACAUCUCUUGUUUGAGGAUAACAUUCAUCCAGUCAUAUAAAAAGAAAACAAAUUCUGUGGUUCUGAAAUGUAUAAUAUAUAUGUUUAAUUUUGUUGGAUCAUAUAAAUCAUAAAUAUAUAUACAAACAACCUCUUCAAUUAUCUUCAAACAAAGGCAAGUGUUGUGAAAUAAAAUGAUCAUAUGUAUUAAAAAAUA